AUGAUUGCCUCAUCAGGGUGUGGCCGCAAGAUACGCGUUUGGGACGCGCUGACGCGCGCCCUGCUAUCAGUCCCCUCCGGUCAUUCUCGCGAUGUUUUCUCUGUCAAGUACUCUCCGGACGGCGCUCGCAUAGCUUCUGCUGCCGAGGACAAAACGGUCAAGAUUUGGGACGCAGUGUCCGGUGUGCUCAUCCGCACCCUGGAAGGGCAUACGGGCUGGGUCAACUGCGCAGUCUUCACACCUGACGGCGGCCGUAUCGUGUCUGGCUCCAGGGAUUGUUCCCUCAAGAUCUGGGACGUGGACACAGGUGUCUGUUUGGAAACCCUGGCCGCACACAAUAGAUAUGUUUCAUCCAUUGCGGUGUCUCGGGACGGCCGAGACGUGCUCGCCUGUGCCGCAGAUAAUAAUGUCCUCGUCUGGGACUUUGUUCGCGGCGAGGUUCGACAGGCGUUCUCCAAUCACACCAAAUGUGUCACGAGUGUUGCUUAUAGCGAAGACGGGACUCGCAUCGCGUCUGGCUCGGACGAUGGCACUGUCCGGCUUCGCUACCUGCUCAUGCUGAAUUUAUCCGGAGCCGGAGAUGAUCAUUCCGUUUGUCUCUGGGACAUUGCAACAGGCAAGCUCAUUCACAAAUUUGUCGGACAUACGGAUCAUGUCCGCUCCGUCGCAUUCUCACUGGACGGCAGACGUAUUGCAACAGGCUCCAAGGAUAAGGCUGUCAUCAUUUGGGAUGUUGCCACCGGAGCAUCCCUGGCGACAUGUGGGGGCCAUGAGAGCUCGGUUUACUCCGUCGCCCUCUCUCCCAGUGGAGAACGUGUUGCAUCCGGAUGCUUCAACGGUCUCAUUCUGGUGUGGAGUGCAGAGGGAGGGGAACUGCUCCGGGAGCUGGAGGGACACGCCGGCGCAGUGUCGUCGGUCGCCUUUGCUCCCGCUGGGGACGUCAUUGUUUCCUCCGAGUGGCGCGACACUAUGCGACUCUGGGACGCCGAAUCAGGCGCGUGCCUCCUCGUCCUCGGCCCACGUACCUGGUACCGCACCCUGCACCUCUCCCCCGACGGCUCCGGAGUCCUAGUCGAUGACGGUAAACGACUUGUCCAGUUGUGGGCGCCUGUAGAUGCCGACGCGCAGGUGACGACCCCGCUCCCAUGGCUUCCGCGCCGCACCUGGCCUAUAUACUACAUCGAGGAUGACUGGAUAUUCUCUUUGACGCCGUCUCGCCGGCGGUUGUGUUGGGUUCCGCUAGACUGGCAUCGCGGGGGCUUUGCGGGAUAUUGUGGGCACGAUGUGGUAUUCAGGAGCGGGUAUAAGCUGAAUUUCUCAGGAUUGAAUAAGUACCUAGACAGCUUGCGCGAUAAUCGCACGUAA